AUGGCCAAGAUCCAGCCGGCCCAAGACGAGUCCCUUCUGGGCACCGUCUUCUCUAACUUGAUCCGCGCUCGCAACUUUGUGACCCGUCAAACUGCCGCUGUCGUCAACACCACCUGCCAAUAUGUCACCUCGCCCGAAUACCGCAAGAGAAGCCACGACAACGUCAGACGCUUCCACAACGAACGUCCCCUUUUGACUGUGUUCCUUGCGAUCCAAUUUGCUCUCGCUUCCAUCCCCCUUCUGCUGUUCCUCGGAUAUGUCGCCUCCACCGUCCUCGUUGGCCUCGGCGGCGCCCUAGUCUUUUCACUCUUCUGGACGGGCAUUGGCCUCUUCUUCUUCGGCUGCGCCCUCCUAGUUUCAGGCUCUAUCGGCGUCUUCUUGUUCAUCAGCUUCAUUUUGUUCCAGCGCGCCGUCCAGCUGCUCAACGCAUUGACCUCGACCCUUUCACAAGGCGCCCGACCUUCCCAGGAGCAAGAGGAGCGUGAACAGCCUCUUCCUAAGGCUGAAAAGAUUCUCCGCAUCGUGGAUGUCAAGCAGGAGGACGGGCAGAAUGGCACACAGGGGGAGAAGGUCAACAGCGACAAGGAGUUGUAGGAGCCUCUCCUUGGGCUCCGUGGAGGUGGCACGCUGCCUCCCGUGGUGCAUGAAGAUGCGGCCGCUGGUGAAAAAGAAGUCAAGGAUAUAAAAGAGUCCGAAAUAGAAAUAAUACAAAAAGAGGUUGACGGUAUUGAAGAUUUGCACCAACCAUCCCUUAACAACGAAAGCGACAUUUCAGAGACUGCGCCCAUCUCUCUGCCGAUCUCGGCCCCAGAUGUUUCUGAGGAAACGGAGGAGACCACUCAUCUGCCACCUCCCAAGGAUUCCAUGGAGUCUCUUCCUUCGACAACCCUCGUGGACUCUCCUCCCCCGCCACCACCACUCCAACGGUCGUCGAGACCUGAAACUACCGGGGAAAUGUACAGG